GGUUUUAAGUCCUUUUGAUCAAAUGAAAAUACUUUCUUAUCACUAGUUGGAGAAAAAUGGAUGAACAAGAAGAAACUUGGUAUAUGGAUGACUAUGAAGAAGAACUACUUGAGGAGAUAGAUGAGGAAGAUGGAGACAAUGAUCUGUCGGGAAAUUAUUUAGAUAAUCUAGAAACUAUUGAAGGGGAUGAUGAUUAUGAAGAUGUUUCAUUCGAGAAUGCAUUAUCCAUAAAGUCUAUAUCGUCAGAAAUAUUAUCAUGCACUACACCAGUUUUGAAACAAGCCUAUUGGUUACUGAUUUUGAUACUUGUUUCAUGUCUUCUAUGGCGUAUCGUACAAUUUGUACUGAACAAAUGUUUCCCUUCAAAUGGGAAAAUUUGCCGCACAUUUGUCACAAUAAUCCUCCAUAUAUUUUCCAUUUGUCUUGGUUUAUUAGUUUUAUAUUAUGCUUCAUAUGAUCUGUGGUGGAUUGUUAUUGGCCUUAUAAUUACCUUAACACUAUUAUUUACUUUAAAUAUUAACUCUGAUAUUUCUAAUUCACAUGGGAAAUAUACUAAUUGGGAAUUAUUUGUAACAAUUGGAAUUUGUUCAUCUGUUCAGUUAUACUGCGAGUUUAACAAAAAUCCUGUUAAAUGGCAUCAAAUUCGUGGUAGUAUAAUGAUAAUUAUUAUGAAAUGUAUAUCUUUUUCUAUGGAAAAUAAAAAUUUUUAUAAAAUGAUCAAUAAAGAGCCUUGCUGCAUACUACUGUGGACACCAUUAUAUCGUGGAUUACUUUGGUUAUCUUAUUGUCUGUGCCCAGCUAGUUUAUUGUUUGGUCCGUGGUUUAAUCCGUUAAGAUAUGAAGAAAUGAUUAGAAACUAUGCUGUUAAUGAUAGACCUUUUUCUUUAAAAAAUACUGUAAUUUCACUUUUUCAAACAGUUAAAUUAUUUGGGCUAUCUUUGUUAUAUUUAACCUAUUCGACUUGUUUCUCUCAUACACUGGCUUCGAUAUUGAAAUUUCAACCUUGGCUUCAUGCUUAUUUUGCAUCACAAAGUUUCCGUUUCAGUCAUUAUUUCGUAUGUAUAUCAAGUGAAUCUUCCAUGACAGCUUUAGGAUAUUAUGAUAAAUAUUCAAUAAAAUCAAACAAACAAGAAAAUACUGAGGAGAAAGACAAUUCAAAAGUUGUAUACAAACCUAUUGUGGUAACUCGUCCAUUGUUCAUUGAACUUCCUCGAUCGUUAGUGGAAGUUGUUAUUUACUGGAAUUUGCCAAUGCAUACUUGGUUAAAACAAUAUGUAUACAAGCCGUUACGUCCAUAUGGACAUGUGUAUGCUAUAUUGGGAACCUAUACAGCUAGUUCAUUAUUACAUGGUUUGAAUUUUCAACUUAGCGCUGUUUUAUUUUCUAUUGGAAUCUAUGCAUAUAUUGAAUAUGUCUUUCGGGAAAAAUUGGCCAAGAUUCUAGAUGCAUGUAUUGCCAGUCGUCCAUGUCCUGAAUCCUGUUGUCAUAGUAACAAGAAUUCAUUCUGGGUAUAUUGGUGCAACAUAGCCUUCAGUUGUUUGGCUAUAUUUCAUUUGGCUUAUUUAGCUGUAAUGUUUGAUACGAGUGAACAGCAAUUUAAGGGUUAUAAUAUGUGGCAUACUAUGGAUAAAUGGUACAAUUUAGGAUUUCUCAGUCAUAUUGUAGCCUUUGCAAAUUUCUUAUUUUAUUUAUAUUUAUAAAUAAAUAUCGAAUAAGCUAUGUAUUUAUUUGUAGAGAAUAAAACAUUUAUCUAUCACAACUAAACGUAUGCAAAAUGUAUUUUCUUAUCGCUCACUCAGCAUGUAUUUCUUAAUAAUAAUGAAAUGAAAGUUUAUUUUGCUUUCAAGUAUAAACAACAAAGAAAGGUAUUAUUGAUGAGUUGAUGAGUUUUGUACAUGUACAUGAUCUCUAAUGAAUUUAGGUUUUUAAAAUCAUAUAAAUUCCUUUCUCUCUGACAUUGAUUUAAUUAAAGAGUUGUUAUUUAAAUAAUGUUCUCAAACUACUAUUCUCAGACUACUAUUUGCCUUGGUUUUAUUUUUGUUGAGAAAUGUUUUAUCGGCUAGUCAAAAUGGAGUCAUGUUCAUGGGAAUUGAAUAAUAUCUUCUAAUGUAAUAAUUAUCAAUUCAGGAAACUAGUUUAGGAAAGAAACUCUGAAUAAGGACUAGACAAGCAUGACAUUGAUCACCACCCAGUGAUCAAUCAAUUGUGAUUACAUCUCAGUCCUACAGGAGGUUAGUCACGGCUCGGACAGCUCAGUGGUAACGUCUCCGACUGUGAAGCUGGGUGACACGAG